CCACCGACCAAUCGGCCGUCUGAGGAGGGCGGUCAGGGACACACCAGCCCCCCCCCCCAACGCGUGCGGUCUGGGAAAUGUAAUCGCUUGGAGAACGCGUGGAGGUGGCGCUGCGGAACGCCGUGGUAGUUGAGAGAAUGUGGCGGUGAAGGGACGAGACGAAGAAUUUGCCGCGACCCAACUCAGAAUGGGCACACCGCAGGAUGGGAAGCCCUACGGUAGCUCUCGUAGCCUCGUGCGCCGCAUCGCGUCCCAUCUUCCUCUCAAGCCGUGCGUGCGAGCCAACGUGCAGUUGGGUGCAUGGCGGUUGGGUGAAGGAGCCAGGGAGCUGACUCUUGCUGACAUCGUGUGGGUCGUAGACGAUGAAGGGGAAUCCUUCACCAGACUCCGGACAGAGGUGCGGCCGGAAGUCUGUGAUCAUAGUUCGCUCGGCAGCCAACUUGCCGCGGCAGCGGCAAUGAUGCUGGUGGGGUGUGGGGGGAAAGAGUCGGGCUCUGCGGGGGUGCGCAAGCCACGGGGCGACGGGGGCGAGCGGGGUCUGGCCACCCUGCUGGAAGCGGCUGAGCCGGGAGAAUGCGACUGUGGAGUUGAGACUGCGUCGAGCGUGGCUGCGUCGAACGAGGCUGCGUCGAACGAGGCUGCGUCGAACGAGGCUGUGUCGAACGAAGCUGCCCCGGACCCACCAGUGCCUAGCGAUGAAGCCAUGCGCAAGAUAUCCGCACUGGAGGAGGAGCUGGCUCGGCUGCGUAAACAGAUUGCCAUGAUCGUUGCUGUGCACGAACAGCAGGCUUCUUGCUCCACCUCUCCCGAUGGCCCCUCUGCACCCCCUCCGCCGCCCCCAGGCCCCCCUCCACCACCUCCGCCCCUGCCCCCCACCGGGGCCGGUGAAUCCUCCCGGGUGUCGACGCUCGCCCUCAUCAAGCAGCGGCGUGCGGAGAAGGGAGGAGGGGAAGGGGGAGCGGAGAAAGCGGCGACCGCGUGCGUCCCCAACAUGAUGGACGUGCUUAAGGGCAUCGACAAAGUGAAGCUGCGCACCGUGGACAGGUCACCGGGAGGAACGCCAGCCAAGGGGAAGCAGGGCGAGGUGGACGAGGAUGACCCCGUGGCCAUGAUCGCGGCUGCGCUCAAACGCAAGUUCGCGCACCGCUACAACCGGGACGCGUCGCCAGAGAAGGAGAGAACCGGGCGUGGCCGACCACUGCCGCACACUGGCCCUGAGCAGCCCAAGUUUGGGCAGCACAUGCUGAGAGCCACUGGCAAGAGGAAGUCUGUUGAGAACGGUGCCCGCCAACUCCGACACUGAGAAACCAGCGUUGGAGAAAAACAACGCCUCGCAUCGAUGUACCGAGUUGCUUCUGCAGGUGCUAUCACAUUUAAUUUUGGUACGCAAAAAUGACCAUGUCGUGCACACAAAUGUGUAUUGCCUUUAUUUUAAUUGCUGGACGAGUCGUGCAAAAGAGUGCCUUAUCUUUAAAAAAAAAUCCGCCACACUGUAAAUUGCCUCUUUGUGGGAUCAUUGCCUCUACGGUAAGCAGUGUGCAUAUUCAGUCCACAAAGUAGCAUUUUUCAACUGCCAUAAUAUUUACGCACACUAAAACGUUGAUAUUUAUAUUUGUAGUAACUUUGUUUAACACUAAAACGGCUAAAAUAAUUGCAAGCAUAUCAAGACACUUUUGAUAAUUUGCAUUACAUUAUAGGAGCUGAAUAACAGUAUUCAUAUUUAUGACCAAAGAUGCACAUUUCACCAACAACUCUAAAGUACUUUAUCAUUUCAGUUUUCCACGUAUGCUUACGUAGCACAUUGAUUGUUGAAUGACACUAUUCUUGCAUUCCAUUUCCACGUUUUAGCUCUUUGCUUUUAACUCAUGUUGCCCAGGGAUUGUACGGGAACAGUAUUGUUUAUGACAUCCCUUGUGAAGUAACCAUAAUGGUAUACAGAGGCACCGCAAGCAGUUUAAUAAAACAUGCCCUUGUCUCCUGGCCCAAGUCGGCACAGGGUGGUGAUACUCCUCUCCUUUCGCAGCCCUGAUCCAGUGGUGUAAACUCCACAUUUCUAUGGCAGGGAUCAGUUAAUUAAUUUAGCAGGGGACCAAUCUCACAAACACUGGUGAUGUCCUACCAAGGUCAACUAUUGUUAUUCAAUAUAUUGAUCCUUCAAGGGUGAUGGGCUGAGUAAACUCUCAACCUGCCUCUGAAGUUUGGCAUUUAUUUACCGGAGGUGUGAAACUAUUACUGUUUCCAUAGAAUUCGUGCUGAUUUUAUAUCUGUUCAGCACAGAAUGCCUCUCUGGGUAAACUAGUUCUGAAGGGUAUGUGUGCGGCAAAGUUACAUUUUAACUAGCAUGCAUUUUCCAUUGCAUUUGGAUUUUAUUUUACAUACCUCUAUAUAAAUGUUCAACACGCUUUAUCAUAUCAGUCAAAACCAAUUUCAUGGAAUCGUUAAUUGCCAAUGUAACCUUGUAUUGCCUGAAAUGCAAAUAUUGUAGAAAUACCACACCAUAUGAAAACAUGUAAUGUCUGAGCUAAUAUAUUGUGUAAAGUACUUGCCAUUCACAUUUUGUUCUGCUGAUCUUGCCAUUUGUAUUAUGAAUGUAUGUUAAACAAAACAAUGGUUUUGCUGCCAUAAUGCGUUGGUCAGCCUGUGUUGAUGAUAAUGCCAUUUACUGACCAAGGAAAGCCUUGCCGAGUCUCAAGAUUCAUUUUCAGGAGGAUAGUGCUGCUCCAGGAUGUUUGGCCAAUUCCAUUACAAUGUGCUUGGCGUAUGGGAGGAUUGCCUGGAGAAAACUCACGGAAGUGAGGGAGCAGUAACACGUUAAGUUUCACACAAAUAGACUCAGAAUUCAUUCAUUUUGUGUCCAUAAUACCAGCUUUGUCAGAUCAAUGACUAUUUUUUCAAGAUUCAAGAAUCCGUGGCCAUGUUGAUAUGUCUUGACCACCUCGCAGCCAAAGCCUACGGUAACCUGGUAUUCUCAGGAACUUUCACGUCGAGGUUUCUGCAUGACAUCGUUCGUGACUCCAUUGCUGUGUUUUGCGAGUGCAGGUGUGGUUAUCUGCAGAUCGUUUUUUUUUGCCAAGUACUCUCUAAUGAAGCUGUUAAUGUAAUGGCGUAAGAGAAAUACAUUUCCAUCAGGAAUUAUUGCAAAGAGUAAUGAUUACCCCACGUUAACAGAAUGCUGUGUGGGAUAUGAUAUCACAACUUAAGUGUCCUUUUAUCCCCACUUGGUGUUGCAUCUUCAACCAUGCGCAGUCAAAGACUUAAAAUAUUGUAUCAGAGCUGGAAAUAAUACACGUAAAUGUAUUGAAAGCAGAUACACUAACAUAGUAGCGGACAUCACAAGUGUAAAACAAGUUCUGAAUUGUUAAAGUUUUGUGGCAUUUCAUGCCUUCAAAGUUCCUUUUCACUCCUCACGUGACAAAAGUCAAGCAAUGAUGCAAGCCUUGUGUCAGGGUUUAAAUGAACACUCAUACUUCGCCGGUUAAUAAUGAGAAUCUGCGAUUCAUUCCAGUGACUGAGCACUUGAUCAAUUAAACAAUGAAUGUCGCUUGCUAAACAGUUGUCGGUGUAAGUGUUGACUAAUGUGUCGGCAAUGUCUUGAGCUUUUAAGCGAAUUAAAAAACAACUUGAAUGAA